GGCGCGGCCGCUAUGCGGCGGCUCGGCUGCCAGAGGCCGCUGAGCUCCGCCCCCGGCGGCGGCAGCGGCGGGCGGGGGUGGGGCCUGGGCGGCUCGGGGCGGGUCCCGCAGAGCGGCGGCUGGCGCGGCCGGUUCCGGGCUGGCUGCAGGGACGCGAGCGCUGCGGUGCUGCCGGGCAUGAGGAUGCCGGUGGGUGCAGCCGCGGGGGAAGAAGGGGCCGCGCAGAGCCCCGGCCCCGCCGCCGUCUCCCUGGGCUUGAGCGUGGCCGUGGUCUCCAGCCUGGUGAACGGUUCCACCUUCGUGCUGCAGAAGAAAGGGAUCGUGCGGGCGAGAGGACGAGGUACUUCAUAUUUAACAGAUAUAGUAUGGUGGUCUGGUACUAUUGCAAUGGCACUUGGUCAAAUUGGGAAUUUCUUGGCCUACACUGCAGUUCCAACUGUGUUAGUGACUCCUCUAGGAGCUCUUGGCGUUCCAUUUGGGUCCAUUUUAGCUUCUUACUUACUGAAAGAAAAACUCAACAUUCUCGGCAAGUUGGGAUGUCUGCUGAGCUGUGCUGGGUCUGUUGUUCUCAUAAUCCAUUCCCCAAAAUCUGAGAGUGUAACGACUCAGGCUGAGCUUGAAGAGAAGCUUACAAAUCCAGUGUUUGUGGGCUACCUCUGCAUAGUACUUCUCAUGCUUCUCCUGCUUAUCUUCUGGAUAGCACCAGCUCAUGGACCCACUAAUAUUAUGGUUUACAUCAGUAUUUGCUCACUGUUGGGUAGUUUCACUGUGCCCAGCACAAAAGGCAUUGGGCUGGCUGCUCAAGAUAUCUUCCACAAUAAUCCAUCAAGUCAAAGAGCCUUGUACCUCUGUUUGGUUCUUCUGGCAGUGUUAGGAUGUAGCAUCAUCAUUCAGUUCAAGUAUAUCAAUAAGGCACUGGAAUGUUUUGACUCAUCUGUGUUUGGUGCCAUCUACUACGUCGUGUUCACCACUUUAGUCCUGCUGGCCUCAGCCAUCCUUUUUAGGGAGUGGAGUAAUGUGGGAGUGGUAGAUUUCUUGGGGAUGGCUUGUGGAUUCAUCACUGUAUCUAUUGGAAUUGUUCUUAUACAAGUCUUCAAGGAGUUCAACUUCAAUAUUGGGGAUUUGAAUAAACCUAAUGUGAAGACAGAUUAAAAACAUAUUUGAAGGGAACUGGAUGGCUCAGGGAAUGAUACAGAGCCUUCCAUUUCUAGGUCACUGAUUCCAAUAUGACUGAGAUUGGCAGACGUUACCCUCAGAGAGUGGUAGCUUGUGUAAUAUGAAUUGGUGGCCUUCAUCCAGUUUUAAUGGACAGUUGUCCACAUACCCAAAAUCACCAUAAUAAGUUGACAUUAAUUGGUAUCAUUGCUGACUGUCUCAACAGGAAGGCUAAGGAAUGAAUCCGCAUAGAGACUGAUGUAUCUCCUUGCCCCUAAAAGGUGGUCCAUCCAGAAAAGGUUUGAUGACAUUCUGACAGGCCAGUGUAGGAAAUCUUUACAUUAGACUGCCUAUGAUGUCCUUGUUCUGUGGACAGAGAACAUCAGUUUCCAAUGCACUCAGUCUGGCACCUUUCAUGAAUAGUUUAUGCCCUAAAAAAAAUUGUAAGCAAAUGGAACAAUUCUGUUAAUUUCCUUAAAACAGCAAUAUGUUCACAGUCCAGGCUGUGAAUUGUGAAACAAAUGUUGAUUUGAAUUGUGGUCUACAGAUUUGUCCUUUGUACAGUAACUGCCUCCGCAAUUUGGACUGACACAGGUGAAUGCACUGAGGAGUUCUAAAUUAAGUCAUUGGUAUAGAGUAGUGCAUCUAACCCUUAAAAUCUUUCACUACUUACUUACCAACUGAAACUAGCUCAUAGAUCCAGCUGGAACUAGCAUCCAGAUUACAGGUAUACAUUUUAUUCAUAACUCUUUUAAGUGCAUUAAGACAUACAGCAUUCAUCCAAGAGCUUUUCACGGUUAAUGGACAGGAAGAGCGUGAAGGACGUGGAAGUGAUGCACAGUCUUGCUGUAUAUAUGGUGGGUUAUCCAGUGCCUUUGUAAUCUAAAAAUAUCAUUUAAUUUGAAUGUUUGUUUCUGAGAGCUUGUAACAGGUUAGAAAAAUCCAGUUUUGUUGUCUGUAAUAUUUGACUGUACUCAAAUUAUAAGCAUGUAAAGGAGACAGAAAGGUCAGAAUAUUUUUGGAAAGGUUUACAAGCCUGAAGUCAAUGCUGAGAUGCUUUGGUGGCUUCUGCGAACGUCUAUAAUCAUAAUGAGAAGUAAUUGGUAAGAGGUCUACUUACAGCAAUCCAGUAUAUGUAGAAUCCAGUUAUACCACAGAAUAUAGGAAUUUAUUUAAUAAGUAGCUAAUUGACAAAAUUGUUCUUCAGAACAGGAUAAUGAGUAAAUGGACUUAUAUGUCACUAGAUUGCCAAUUAUGAAAUCAGGCUGUGAACUGGCACUGGUAUGAGCAAAAACUUUUUGUGAGAUGCACAGGUGUGAGAUUUCUUGAUUAACUCAGAAGAAGGAUGGGUAAGAUUAAGGUCUUUAGAAAGGUGGAGUUGAGUAACCCAGUACACACGCAUUCAGAUCCAGUAUUUCACAGCUGUGUUGUAGUUCAGCAGCAGUAUUUUAAAGGCUUGUGCAAGUGUCCAAAUUCUUUCUCAGUUCAAAGUGAACAUGACUGUCAUAUCUCAUCCUAGUCCUUAUUUGGCCAAGUAUGUUUGCUUAUUUAAGUUUUUAUUGAUUAAAAAGUUCCUAUCCUCGUAUGUUAGGUGCUUAUGCAAAUUUUAAAAUUAUACAAUCUCAAACCAACAAGAUUACCCUGUCCCAAAGCAACCUCUUUCCACAUCUCAAAACCAAGUUAUGAUAAGCAGUCUCUAUGCAGGGGAAGACUGAAAUAGCAGAUGUAUUCUUUGGUCUUCCUAUCAUCCUUGGAGCUGAUACAUUUCUGCAGGAAUUCUCUUCUCUCCAGCUCCUCCUCCUCCAUCUUCUGAACCUCUUGAAAUGGAGAUGCCAAAAGCCAGCACAUAUGGAGAAAAGCUUUUCAAGUGGCCUUGCAUGUCAUGUAUACCUACAGCCUUUUACAUCAUGAAUGAUAAAUAAUGAAAAAUUUUAUUUUUGUUACUCUUCAGAAAAUAGCAGUGUUUUUUUAUUUCCUGUCUCUAACUGGAUCUGGCUCAAUUCUAACUUUAAAAGUGUAUUGACGUUGUGUGUAUUGUCACUGUUGAUGGGAUUCUUUCUCCCCUUCCCCUCAUCCCAGACCUCUUAUCUUUUCUAGGUCUUUUCAUGUUACUUCUCUGGUUUAAAAACAAUUGCACUGUUGAAGUGAACUGUCAACUCUUCUCUCUUCCUCCCGCAAGGCAAGGGAGCACCUUUUGAAUAAUACUUAUGAGUUCCAUCGUCUCAGGGAGAAAAUAAUUGUCUCCUGAGCUUUGGUCUUCUGCCCACUGGGUCCACCUUUUUCACAUUGCUUCAUAAAUUAUUUAUAUCAAUAGCCAAAAGCCAGCUUACUUAAAUUCUGAUUCCAAAGCAGAAAUGACAGAGGCUAUACAUAAAAAGUGUCGUAAAGUAGACUGAUUAUAUUGAUGGGAUGCAUUAAAAUAUAUUUAUUCCCACGGUGAAAGGAGUUUCAUAGUUUCUGUGGCUUCUGUUAAAUUUAUCAGACAUAUUUACAUAUUCAGUGCUCUUAAUCUGUUGAAGUAGAUAGAUUUUGAGAACUAUUAGCCAUUCAAAAUAUGAAGGAUUGACAUGUGUAGGCACCAUUAUCAUUAGUAGGGGUUACCCACAUAAAUCCCCCAAACAUCCAACAGAAGAAUAGAACUGUUUUUGAUACAACCAAAAAAUGUUUUUUUCUUAAAUCCCAAAUAUCUGUGUAUAAAAAGCAAAAUGUCUAAAGAAGAUAGCUGUUGUACUAAUUAUCCAGGAUACUGUAUAUGUAAAUAAAGCCUAUUAAUUAGUCACUUGAAACUAAUAUGAAUAAGAAUGUCAUAUACACUUUGACAAGUGAUGCUUCCUAAUAAUAAUUUUGGUUUAUACUGACUGUAUAUGUAUUUUUCUGAAGUAACUAGCACUGACAGUGAAAGCACUGGAUUUUGUUUGUUAAAAUAAUGGAAGCUGUAAGCUUUACUUUUCCUUUUUAUUUUAAAAUAAGAGGCUUUUUUAUUACAAGAAUGAUUUAAAGAAAAUAAAUACAGGGACCUCAAACUGCAAUGCACUGAAAGUAGAAAUGUACCACUCUCACCUUCUUACUUAAACAUAGGACAUUGUAAUACUUCCUAUACUGUCCUGAGAGAGUGUAAUCUACAGAACUGCUGAAGUUUAUUAUUGAAACAAAUUUAUAUCUAAUUAUACUUAACUUCCUGCCUUCAAGGAGAUUAGUCUUUGUAAUUAACUCUUUGGGGCCAGGGAAUAUGGGGUUUAAGUGCUACAGAACAUGUUAAUGCAUGUAGCAUUUGCACUAAUAAUGUUAGGAGCUCCAGAACUCUUAGUGCCAAAGUAUUUCAUACAGCAGUGUUGAAACUGAAAGAUUCCAAAGGGUGAAAAUUAGGAAAUGGAAAGUCCAGAAUACUUUUCAAAGUUGGGGAAAUGUUUUUAAAGAAUUAAGAUUUUUUUAUUUUUUCUGUUCAGAUGGUUUGCACUUUGCAGGGGAAAAAAUGUUAUACAGAAGGGAUAAUCUUGAGUUAUUUUUUAAAUGAGAGAACUCUUUUUUUGUUUUUUGUUUGUGUAUGUUUUAAAUCAAUUUUAAUGGAAUGUGGAAAAUAGGGAUGGGAACAAAUAUGCAUUGUCAGAGGUUUGGUUACUUAAAUACUAUUGCAAUAUAGUUACUACAGGUGAAAUGAAAAUGGACUAUUUUAGCUUCCAAAUAAUGUGUAUAUAGAUUUGUUAAUGGCUUACAAGUUUAGCUUAUUAUCUUUGCUUUUUAAAAAUAGAUAUAGGCAUGUUGUAUUUGCCUUGUGUAAAUUAUAAAAGGCUAUUUAUUAAGG